CCCCGCUUGCAGACCAAAAGCGCUGGCCAAAACAGCCAAAAGGGAAGAUGGCAAGAACAUUGGUCCUUUGGCUCCUGGGUCUCGUGGCUGUGUGUGCCGUGCACGGGAUAUUCAUGGACAGACUGGCUUCUAAGAAGCUGUGUGCCGACGACGACUGUGUCUAUGCUAUUUCUCUGGCUCGAGCUCAAGAAGAUUACAAUGCCCCGGACUGCAGAUUCAUUAACAUCAGCAAAGGGCAGCAAAUCUACGUGUACUCAAAGCUAGUGAGAGAAAACGCAGCUGGAGAGUUCUGGGCUGGCAGUGUGUACAGUGACAGCCAGGAUGAGAUGGGUAUCGUGGGCUAUUUCCCCAGCAAUUUGGUUAAGGAGCAGCACGUGUACCAAGAGGCCACCAAGGAAGUACCCACCACGGUAAGCACCUCGGAAGGGACCAGAGAAGGACUCAAAGGCUUGUGUCGAAACUGCACCGUGCAGCUUCCAAGGUGUGCCGAACAAAGCCCCCAGCUUCCGGCUUCCGCUGUCUUCCGAGACACUGAGUUUGGGAAGGGCUCUGUAACUACCAUCCGUGUUGAAAGUUUGUGA